UGCAUGUUUGGUAUUAGCCCCGCCCAAGCGGGAUUUGAAAACAGCUUGAAAGAAGAAGCAGGAAACAAGGAGUUGAAAACGUUAUACAAAAGUGAAGAAAAAUUACGCAAGGAAAAAAACUCAGUCAUGGCCCCCAGGAGAAAUACAAAACUGAAAAACAAUCCCAAAAUGAUCAAGCUCGAGGCAUUUCUGGAAGAUUUCGACAGUGAAGUCAAAACACGGCUUGGACAACUUGAAGAGAAGAAGAACGUACUGUUGAGAGAGCUUGACAACAACUGGAAUUUGGCUCUCAUUAAGCAACAUUCAAUGAUUAGAAAAAUGAAUUGGCUUGAAUAUUUCAAACCCAAAUCCCCACAAGAGGAUGAUUUGAAGAGGGCUGCAAUUGUAGCAAAUGCUGCGGCCGAGGACCACGCCAUUCUCAUAAAAUCAGUCAAGAAAAUGUCGAAGAAGAAGCGCACCACCAAAUCCAGUUCAAAUGAUGAAAAUGUGCCCAGAACUUCGAGGAAGGGGAAAACUGCAAGGAAGCCUCCAUCUACAUCCAGACGUGUAAAAGCUCUGUCUGUCAGUCACCAAAAUGCUUCAGUAAGACGAUCACCAAGGAAUGCCCUGGUGACUCCUGCCAGGACUCUGCUGGACUCCUCUUUGAUUGCCCCAACCCCUUUAAUCACACCCCGUUUUGACCCAAGGCUUCCCACUACUCCGGCUGUGAGAAAUCCCCGCCACAAGGAGAGGGUCUUCAGUAUUUCAACCAAUGGCUCACCCAUCUCUUCAAGCAGUGAAGAAAUUAUCUUGAAUGUGCCCGUCGGCAACGGAGAGAGUAUCCAGCUCCUGGCCAGUCAAAUCAAUUCACUGGAUCUGUCCCUGUUGGACGAAACCACUUUGAGGAGUGUUUGCCGAUUGCAGAAUCGUCUUACAUCACUGUGUGACUCCUUGAAGUGACCCCAGCAAUCUCGUGUUGAUUUGUAAUGUGUAUAUAUAUUUUUUCAUCUUUUUCCCACAGAUUUGCAUCCUUUUAACUGCCUUCUUUAUCUGAUGGGAUAUUUUAUUUGGACUGUUUUGGUGUAGAGUGUAUUCUUUCUACAUUUUUAUUUGAAAACAAAGACCUAGUCUGGA